AUGGUAGACUGGAAAGAUCCUGAGGUCAUUGAGCUCACAGUCUUUGUGCUUGAACAGACUAUUGUAUUCCUGGUUGGCUUCUAUGGGUGGCACUUUCUGCUCACCAUCCAUGUAGAGUGGAAUCUGUUGACGAGAAAGCUUGUCUUCAAAUGGCCAUACGUACCUUACCUCCUGGGAAGAUAUACCAUGAUCUGUUGUUUACUCUUUGUUCUCAUCAUGAGUCGGCUCCGUGUAAAAGAGGCUCAUUGUCGGGCUAUGCUUGAUGCCGAAUCGUUAGUCGCAUGUAUGGCUGUCUGUUGCGCAAGUAUGAACCUCAGCAUCAGGACGCUGACGAUAUGGUCAUGCAGCAUGCGAAUACGCUUCCUACUGAUCACACUAUGUCUGGGUCAUUGGGCGUUUGCUAUGGUUGUUGCAUUCACGGGCCUGAAGGCACAAUAUGAUGCAGUUUCUGGAACCUGCGUCCUAGCUAAUACUAACGGGAUUGAUAGACUGGCGGGCUUCUACGCUUACACCGUCGGCUACGAUUUUAUUAUCCUGGUCUUGACGGUGUAUGCCUUGUACAGGAGCUGUAAGCGCAGCGAGCUGUUGUCGGUGAUCUGUGUGCAGGGAGUGUGGUAUUUCGUUGUGACUUUCUUGGUUAACAUUAUCAGCGUGACAUUGGUCUUGAUGGAUCUGAAUUCUGCUAUGAGUGUCCUUUUCUCUCUGCCUGGCGUAACGAUUAGCGCGAUAGCCUCCUCCCGGUGUGUGCUCUCGGUUCUCAGUAUGGCUGACUUGUUUGGGAGAACACGAGAGGCCAACGGUCAUACUUCGUGGCUCAGCAAGCUUGGUCUUCCUGCAGGCGAACCGGUUCUUCUGACAACUCAUAUCACCCUCAAUCCUUCCUUUCCCGACGUGGACUCCUCCACCAGCGACAUUGACGAUGAACGUUGGUCGCAGGAAGCCUUCCCUGACGUGCACCACGCAGACCGCUCUAUUCCAUCUGCUGUAUAA